AUGUUAACCAUCACAUUAUCCAAAAAUUAUAACACGCUGUCUUUUUCAGGGCCAAAAACUCAGCUUCAGAAUCGCCUGCUCUUUCAUUUAGCUCAUAAGUUCAGUGAUGAAAAGAAGCUGAUGGGUUUCCAUCAGAACCUGGAGGACGUGACUGAGGACCAGUUGAGCUUGGCUUCCAUUCACUAUAUGCGCUCUCAUUACCAAGAGGCCAUUGAUAUCUACAAACGCAUCUUACUGCAGAACAGAGACUUUCUUGCCCUGAAUGUGUAUGUGGCUCUGUGUUACUAUAAACUGGAUUACUAUGACGUGUCACAGGAAGUGUUGGCCGUAUAUCUGCAGAGUAUUCCUGACUCUACUGUCGCCCUUAACCUCAAAGCCUGCAACCACUUCAGACUCUACAAUGGCAAAGCUGCUGAGACGGAGUUGAAGAACCUGAUAGAUAUCUCUUCAAGCUCGUUUCAGUUUGCUAAAGAGCUCAUUCAGCACAAUCUGGUUGUGUUUCGUGGGGGUGAGGGGGCCUUGCAGAUUUUGCCUCCUCUGAUUGACGUCAUAUCAGAGGCCAGACUCAAUCUGGUCAUCUACUAUCUCAGACAAGAUGACAUUCAGGAGGCCUACAAACUCAUCAAAGACCUUGAGCCCACCACACCCCAGGAAUAUAUUCUGAAGGGGGUGGUGAAUGCUGCUUUGGGACAAGAUAUUGGAUCGGUUCGUGAGAGGGACCAUUUAAAAAUUGCCCAGCAGUUUUUCCAGUUGGUUGGAGGCUCAGCCAGUGAAUGCGACACAAUACCGGGCAGGCAGAGUAUGGCCUCUUGUUUCUUCCUGCUGAAACAGUUUGAGGAUGUGCUUAUAUAUCUCAACUCAGUCAAGAGUUACUUCUACAACGACGACACAUUCAGCUUUAACUACGCUCAGGCCAAGGCUGCCCUGGGAAACUACAGGGAGGCUGAAGAGGUGUUCCUGCUCAUCCAGAAUGAGAAGAUCAAGAAUGAUUACGUUUACCUGAGCUGGUUGGCACGCUGCUACAUUAUGAAUCAGAAGGCUCGACAGGCCUGGGAGCUCUAUCUGAGACUGGAAACCUCAUCUGACCCUUUCAGCCUCCUGCAGCUCAUUGCAAAUGACUGCUACAAGAUGGGGCAGUUUUAUUAUGCAGCCAAAGCGUUUGAUGCUCUAGAAAGACUGGAUCAAAACCCUGAGUACUGGGAGGGGAAGCGUGGAGCAUGUGUUGGGAUCUUCCAGCUCAUACUGGCAGGCCGAGAGUCCAGAGAGACACUGAAGGAGGUUUUGCCGAUGUUGAGGAGCACUGGCAACCCACAAGUUGAGUACAUCAUCCGCAUCAUGAAGAAAUGGGCCAAAGACAACAGAGUGGCUCUCUGAUCGCAUUUACAAAUGAGCUAACACACUGCAGUAGUUCUUCCUGGACAUUUAUUUUUUUGUAAAUGUUAUUAAUUUUUUUGUAUGGUAUCCUUAUGCUUGUUUAUCUGUCAACAAAAUAUGAGUACAACAGUUCAGAAUGCAUCUUAGAAAGAAAAAAAAACAUCUAGUGCUCUUAUAAAGUUAGAAUAAGUGCAGCCGCACUAAAACAUUUACUUAGCGUUUCUUUUUUUAUAUUUGCAUAUUUGCAAUAUAUCCAUGUCAAUGAAUGUUUCUGUGAGAUGGACAAUGCAACAAAUAAAGUUG